GGACCAUAAGUCCAUGACCCAUUACCCACGGAUACAGGUUAAGAUGGUCCAAGCAACAGAAACAUCCUAACUCAAAACCCUCUUCCUUUUCCCCUUCCCCUUCCCCUUCCCCUUCCCCUUCCCCUCCCAAAUAGAAACUACCCAAGAAGUUGGACACCUUUACCAUGCUCAUCAUCCUCCUUUCUCUGCUCAGUUUACUCCAACCAUCACACCCCAAAACUAUUGUGGUGGAUGAAGCUGCAGAAUGGACAAAGCCAAGUGUUCAUAUAAACGACUCUAUGAUUUUCAAGUACAAAAAUGGCUACAAUCUCUACAUUUUUCAUGACAGAAGAGCUUUCAGUCUCUGCAACUUCACACAAGCUACACUUAUCAGCAAACCCAACUCCACCUCCUUCACGUGGAACCCAACUCGCUCUGGUUUCUUCUUCUUCUCUUACAACUUCAACAAUAGUUCUCUCAAGGCCUGUAAAGAAGGUGAGAAGGUAGCCAUUAAGGUUACUCCACCCCCAGCUCUGUCUCCGUCUCCGGAACUUUCACCACAAGAGGCACCGUCGCCGAUCUCCGGUGGGUUUGUACCCUCCACUCCAGCAUUCCGGUGGCCGUUCCGUAAUCGCCAACAUAAACAUCAAGCGACUUCACCGACUCAGGCACCGAGUCCAAGCCCUACUCCCAAGAUUCCGUCCAUGGUUCCGGACACUGGUGGUGGCAUUCCUUUCAUUAACAGUAAUCCGGCUGUGCCUCUUCCUACUGGUCAAGCUGACUCUGCUACAAUACGACCAUUGCCCACUUCUGGUCAUGGAGAAGGAAAGGUUCAUGUGGUGGAGUUCCUUGCAGUUCAAGUUCCUCUCUGUUUCUUUGUUUGUUUUAUGCUGUAAUUCUGUAAAAGAGUUUGGAGAAUUGGGUUUUGUUAAUUCAUUCGAAGAGAGAGACUCAGAGAAAAGACAUGGUUCUGUAUUAAAAAAAAUCCCAGAAACAGAGAGAGAUGGGUCUGUUUGAAACAGCUUUGUUCUGGUUCUUCCCAAUUGUAAUUAAUUAUGUGAACCUUUAGUAGAGGAAAGCUAUGAAUGAGCAAUGAACUAGAGUUUUUGCUUUGGUUGGGAAUUGGGUUUAGGGAAAGAAAAGCUAAUAUGUGUGACCCAGUCUUCCUACCUUGUAAUCAUUGAAAGCAUAUUUCUUUCAUCUUUCUUUGCUGCUAAUACCAUUUUGUAUUCGCUUUCUUA